AUGAUUUACCUGCUACUUGUUAAAACGUUUUUAAUAUUUAAUAUUUUUUCAAAUCGCAUCGUUGUAACAAUAGAGAUUAAAGGUCAUUUAUCGGAUCCACUAACGCUUUACAAUAUUUUCAAGCAGUAUGUCAAACCAGCACUUACGUUUUCUUCUAUAGAAAAUACUGGUUUACAAACUAAAAGAAACUUAGAUAUUGAUAGAGUUAUUCGAGCUAAAAUAGUUGAAUUACAAGAACGUCUUCAAGAUUAUGAUGUUAAAGCAUUAAACAAUGUUUUGUUAGAAGGUAAAGACGAUACGACAAUCAUAGAAUUUUUACCUAAAAUGGGAGCAACUCGUAGUGGCAAUUUAACACAUAAAGAUUAUAAAUUAAGAAAUAAUCUUAAAAAGUAUAAGAAAUUAAGAGAAAAAAUCGAUAAAGCUCUAUUGAAAGAAUCAGUAUCACACAAGACAAAACAGCUUGUGUCAAAAACUUUGGAUGACAUGAUUAGAAAAAUGUUAGGAAAUCAAUGUCAAUGGAAAACAAACGUGCGAACUGAAAAAACUCGUGAACCACAUUCAAUAGCCGACAGGUGGAAUAAAGGUGUACAUAAAAUAAAAAACCUGCUGCUCAAAUUUUUUUCCAAAAACAAAAAUGCACGACGUGACGACAUUUCAUCAGCGAUGGACAGCAUCCAAGUUUUGCUUAACAGUGUUGCUGAUGAUAUCGAUAUUAUUUCUAAGAGAUACAAAAUACAAUGUGAAUUUAUUCCAAAACAUACUAAUGCUUUAAGAAAUAAAUGGGAUGGAGCUGACAUAGAAGAGGGCAAAUGUGCAGAUCUAGUAAUAUGUUCUGGAGAGUUAAAUGAAUUUAUGCAUAGAUUUUACAGAGCUCUUAACGAUACAGCGACAAACGUAAUAAGAAAUUAUAUAGAAAUGUACAUGAGAGAUGUUGCAAGCGAUCGUAAUGAAAAAAGAAAAAUUAUUAAACAAUUAAAGAAAUUGGCUGACAAUUUAGAAGUUAAAGUACAAGAGAUAUUUGUAACAGAAACACAAAAACUAAGACUUGAUGAAAAUAAAAGGACCGAAGAAAAUUUAAACCACUUGUCUCAUUACGUUCGACAUUCUAUCAGAAAUGUCAAAAGUCUUGCCAAUGACGUAAUCAAAACUAAAUUAUAUAAAAGCACAGAUAAAGUAACGGCAGUCAUAAUUGACGAUAUAAAAGUAAAUAUGGACAUAGAUUUGGGAAAUUUAGAAAGAGAAUUUGUUACCAAAAUAUGUUCUAUGUUUCAUAUAUGCAAUGGUAAAAAUAUGGCUAGGCGACGAAAUUUCGAAAAUAAUAAAAACAAUUUGUAUGUACAGGUGGAGGUGAGUUUUGAUGACGAUAUGGUGGAUUUAAAUUCCUUGAGACGUGUUAAUCAAAAUGGCGGAAAUAAUACUUUUAAUAUAACCUAUUAUCUUAAUGUGACUAGAACUACAAAUAUGGAUAACGUCUCUACUAUGAGUUAU